UCCACUCCCAUACAAAAGCUUGUAAUAAGAGAGAUAAAAAUUAUAUUUUUAACUCGAAAAUUGUGAUCUGAGAUUUGAUCAAAGAAAACCCCACUUCCCUCGAUUUCAUAAAACCCUUACCAACCAAUCAAAAACUGAAAAACCCAGGUUCGCUUUUCUGCAUUUGUUUUUUGAAAACUUUUUGAUUAUUGAACUGCAUUUGACUUCAAUUUGGGUGGCGCCCCAAGAGUCGUGUGAGGGGCUUGUUUUUGUUGAAGUGGGAUUUUGUUUUUUGUUGAGUUGUUUUUCGAGUGAUGAAGUUAUAGGAUUUAAUCUUUUUUGUUGGGUUGAUCAUUUCAUCGAGUUAAAGAAAGUUUGAUGAGAGGAGUGAGAUUGGGGUUGCUAAUAAAAAGGAGGCAAUGACUGGAGGGUCAUUGGGGAUUCGUUCUGGGAGUUAUGGGUCUUUGGACAAACAGCUGCAAAACGGUGUUUUGCCAAUUCAAGCGCCUUCAGCAACAAGAACUAAGCCUUCUAAAAUGUUUAAGGAAAAGGAGACAUUGGUUCAUUGGAUCUGUAAGUUUGCUGGCCGCAAAAAGGUUGGAAUGCUGCUCCUUUGUGUCAUCUCCGCUGCCGUCUUUGUUUGGGUCUUAUAUGUUGGCAAAGGUGAAGAUCAGGAAAGUGACAAUGUCCCUAAGGUAAAUGAUAGCUUGCCUCUAAAUAAUUCUGGAUCUCCCCUGAUAAAUGAAGUGCAAAGUGUCAGAAUAGACAAUUGGACAUCUUUACCAGUCAUUAUGGAAGGAACUGAAGUUAGGGUAAUGCCCCCUCCUCCUCCUUCAUAUUUUCUGGGCUACACUCUUCCUCCAGGGCAUCCAUGCGCUACUUUCAGUUUACCCCCUCCACCAGCAGACAAAAAAAGAACAGGGCCACGUCCUUGUCCUGUAUGUUACCUUCCUGUGGAGGAUGCUAUUGCCUUGAUGCCAAAAGUCCCAUCAUUUUCUCCAGUCAUUAAGAAUUUAACUUAUAUUUAUGAGGAAAACUUAAAUAAAGAGACAGAAUUUGGAGGUUCAGACUUUGGUGGGUAUCCUACUUUAAAGCAGCGUGAUGAUUCAUAUGACAUAAGAGAGUCGAUGAAUGUGCACUGUGGAUUUGUCAAAGGAAGCAAACCUGGCCAUGGGACAGGAUUUGACAUCGAUGACAAUGAUCUUCUUGAGAUGGAGAAAUGUCAUGGAGUGGUUGUUGCAUCAGCAAUAUUUGGGGCUUUUGAUAUCAUACAACAGCCAAAGAAUAUUAGCGAAUAUUCCAAGCAAACUAUCUGCUUCUACAUGUUUGCAGAUGAAGAAACAGAAGCUGAUUUGAAAACUAAUGGUGGUCUGGAUGAGAGUAAGAAGAUUGGAGUAUGGAGAAUUGUUGUUGUGCGUAAUCUUCCUUACACCGAUGGAAGGCGCAAUGGAAAGAUCCCAAAGCUUCUACCACAUAGGCUAUUUCCCAAUGCACGUUUUUCUUUGUGGAUUGAUGGGAAACUUGAGCUUGUUGCUGAUCCAUAUCAAAUUCUUGAGAGGUUCUUGUGGAGAAAAAAUGCUACUUUUGCAAUUUCUAGGCAUUAUAAACGCUUUGAUGUGUUUGAUGAAGCUGAGGCAAAUAAAGCUGCUGGCAAAUAUGAUAAUACCUCCAUUGACUUUCAGGUUGACUUUUACAAAAAGGAGGGUUUGACCCCAUAUUCUGAGGCUAAACUUCCUAUCACAAGUGGUAGGGUGCAAGAUGCUUGCUUUUGUUUCAUUGUGUUUGGUUGUGCCUCUUUCAGCUUAAUGACGUUUGCUUUAAUGGCUGGCUCUGCAGAUGUUCCUGAAGGAUGCGUAAUAAUAAGGGAGCAUGUUCCUAUUAGCAACCUCUUUACUUGUCUUUGGUUCAAUGAAGUUGACCGUUUUACUUCUAGAGACCAAAUUAGUUUUUCAACAGUGAGGGAUAAGAUUGCGGCAAAGACAAAUUGGAGUGUGAAUAUGUUUUUGGACUGUGAAAGGCGCAACUUUGUUGUUCAGAAACACCAUAAGGAAGUUUUAGCACAUUUGGCUCAAAUGGCUCUUCCUACAAUUUACCCUCCACCGUCACCGCUAUCUUUGGCCAAUGAUCCACCUAGACUAUUUUCGCUUGAAACUUUCAGUGACCAGUUUGUCAGUGCUCCACUCAGAGAAGGUCUACAAGCGUGGGAGAGAUAGGAGGUCAGGUUCUAGGCAUCACCGCACAGGUGUCAGGGAAACAAUUCAAGUUAAAAUUUUGUUGAGGCAAAUUACCAUUUUUUUUCCUCCCUGAUCACAGAAACUUCAUCGCGGGGCUGGAAGAUCA